UCGAUUUCUCUCUCACACUGACUGCUGCUAGCCUGCUCUGCUGCUGCUGCUGCUUAAGAUACCCGCAUUGCGGUUCAUAGCCUUAACCCUCCCUCCUCCCUCCCUCUUCUUGCUACUUCUUGCUCUUACUUCGCCCUCUCUUCCUUCUCGCUCCUCUCCUCUCCUCUCUUCCCAUUUAUUGAUUUCAACCCAUCUCCCCUCAUCUCUCCUCUCUUCCCCUCUCCACUCUAGCCAUACGAUGAGAACGGGCUUUGCUUAUCUCUCCAAUUGUUGUCUGUGCUUGCACACUCUCCCUCGCGUCCAAUCGCCGACUGGGAAAGGCCCGCUACUACAUUGAGGUGCGGAGUUAAACAGAGUCAACGCUUAAUCUCCACACCUGCACAACCUCGAUAUCUAUUCUCCAUACCUCGACUACUUACUUCUCCUCCCGGCCACAAUGAAUUUCCGUGAGAAGGUUCGUCGAGUGUUCCGUCGGAGCAGCAGCUCCUCCUCUUCAUCCAAAUCCAAGGGCAACGGGAUCAAGAUCGAAUAUUACAAGCGCCAUGAGAUUCCUCGCUCCAAAUUCAAGGGUCCCUUCGAUCGCGAACACCAACGGCGCCUCGCAGCAUGGUCUUUCCAAGGGACGCAAGAAGAGCGACGCCGGUCGUUAGAUUUGUCGCUGUCCCCUUGUACAUCAUUACCGGACUACCUGAGACCUCAAUGUGACGAGGAAGACCUGGCCCCGGAUCAGAUCCCAACGACGGCCCCGGAGGUAGAUGUGACGACUGCUUCGAUUUCCGUGGACCAUGAUGAGUAUGCUCCAGGCCGCCAGGGGGACAGUAGCGGCUCGACCUCGUCGACGGCCGUGGAUCCGGAGAGCUACAGCGAGUCCCUGAUGACUCUCCUUCCGGAACUCGAGCAGGAGGACCCGAUCGCACUACUGAAGGAAACCAUCCGGUACACCUCUCCGGUUGUACGGGCCAUAUCGCCGCCUCCAAUGUCGCCCAAGGGCGCUUGCAUGCCCUUCGCCCCCGAGGAUCUGACACGAGCGUUGAACGCCGUGCAGAUCUGCUACUAGAACUUAUAUUUAUCCUAAUAACCGCAUCGACUUCCGGCAAGAUCUUCGCUUCUCCUCGUCACGUGAGCCAUUCACCCAAUGAGCGCCCGCCAUCCCGAC